AUGAAGCAGACCAAGCUGGGGAUGCAGAGAGCCCUGGAGGAGGAUCCAUCUGUGUACGAGUAUGAUAGUAUAUAUGAUGACAUGCAGAAGAAAAAAGAGGAAGAUACAGCAAAACUGAUUUCUGGGCAAGAUAGACAGCCAAAGUAUAUCCAAAAUAUCUUAAAAGCUGUUGAAGUGAGGAAGAAGGAACAGGAAAAGCGGAUGGAGAAAAAGAUUCAGAAAGAACGCGAGAUGGAAGGAGACGAAUUUAAAGAUAAGGAGGCUUUUGUGACGACUGCCUACAAGAAAAAGCUGCAAGAGAAGGCUGAAGAAGAAGAACGGGAGAGAAAGGAAGCUGAAUUAGAAGCUUCUCUUGAUGUUACCAAACAAAAAGACCUGAGUGGAUUUUAUAGACAUCUUUUAAAUCAGACUGUGGGGGAAGAAAAGGCUCCAGAAUGCAGUUUGAGAGAUGCAGGGUCUAGGGUAAAAGAGGAGAAACCAAGGGGCUAUCCAGAUGAAGUGAACAAAACUAGCCAGCAAGAAAACAUUGAUGCUGAUAGUGACUUGAGUACAGAGUCCAGUGAGGAAGAGGACAUCGCUGACAAAAAGCCUCCUAGCAAAUCAGGCAGUCUCAAAAAAAGUGAAAAGACCUAUCACAGACAGAGACAUUCCAGUUCAUCCAGUGAGGAACAAGAUAAUCAUAAAGGAAAGGACAGAUACAGGAGGGAAGAAAGUCGGUCUGACAAAGACAAAUCCCAUCGGGAUUAUAGCAGAGAAUGGAGGGAAGAAUUUGAUGAAAGACCGAGACAUGGGGAACCUAUUGACAAAGACCGACACAGAAAGAGAGAAGAGUCAGAUUCUGAGCUAAGAGCUGCAGAAAGGAGAGAACAUAAAAGUAACAAGGAUGGAAGAAGGGAUGAUGGUAGGCAUAGAAAGGAAGAGGGUAAAUAUUAUAAUGACAAAGACAGAGAACGAGGCAAGAAAUACAAAGAUAGGAUGGAUGAUGGAAAGGGAAGGGACAGGAAUGAUAAAGAAUAUAGGUACAAAGAAUAUGGAGAGAGGUCAGAUAAAGACUACAAAGAUUGGCCAGAGCGACAACAUGAACACAAGCUAGAGAGAGGAGAAAAAAUGAGAGAUAACAAAGAUAGGUCUCAUAGUGGGCGUGGGGAGAGGUCAGAGAGGGAGCGUGGAGAGAAGUCAGAGAGGGAGCGUGGAGAGAAGUCAGAGAAGUCAGAGGGGAGCGUGGAGAGAAGUCAGAGAGGGAGCGUGGAGAGAGGUCAGAGAGGGAGCGUGGAGAGAGACCAGACAGGGAACGUGGUGAAAGGUUGGAUUCAGGAUUCCAGGAGUGAUGUAGGAGAAACCCAAAAUGUGGAUAAUUCCUCAACCAGUAAGUUUGCAAAACGCAGUAAUGAAGAGACUGUGGUAUCAGCUAGGGACCGGUACCUUGCUCGACAAAUGGCUCGAGUAAAUACUAAGGCCUAUGUGGAAAAAGAGGAGGAUUAG